AUGUGUCCGGCGGCGGCGGCGGGAGGAGGAGGCGAGCGGCGGCGCCCCAUCGCGAGCGGCAGGGACGGCCGGGGCCGGGGCCGGGGCGGGGCGGCGCUCGCGGGGCUGUGCCUGCUCGGCUUCGUGCUGUACCUGGUGCCGGCCGCGGCGGCGCUGGCCUGGCUGGCGCUGGGGGCGAGCGCGGCCUGGUGGGCGCUGAGCGGCGAGCCCAGCGGCCCGCGCGCCUUGUCGCUCGCGCGUGGCCCCGCGCGCCGCCGCCCGCCGCGAGCCCCGGCCAAGUCGGCGGCGAACGGCAGCCUCGCCGCCCCGCCCAGCGCCCUCGCGGGGCCCGACCGCGCCGAGCUGCUGCUCAUGGGCAGCUACCUGGGCAAGCCGGGGCCCCCGGCGCCGGCCCCCCGCGCCCACGCCCAGCCCCGCUCCCCGGACCUGCGGGAGAGGCCCGGACGCCGCCCCCCGGACGCCCGCCCGCACCACCCGCAGCACCCGCACCUGACCCCCGCCCGGCCCUCGCCUCUCCGGCCCGCCGGCCCCCUGGCCCCCCGUGAUUGUGGGACUUUACCGAAUCGGUUUGUAAUAACACCUCGAAGACACUAUCCCAUUCAGCAGACCCAGUAUUCCUUGCUGGGGGUCCUGCCCACUGUGUGCUGGAAUGGUUACCACAAGAAGGCCGUGCUCUCUGCUCGUAACUCCAAAAUGGUGUGCAGCCCCGUCACUGUGAGGAUUGCGCCUCCCGACAGCAGGCUGGCCCGCACCCCAUUAUCAGAACAAGGUGUCAGCUCGCCACUGUCCUCACCGUCAAGCAAUACUCCAGACCCGUGUGCAAAGGAGACUGUACUGAGUGCUCUCAGAGAGAGGAAGAAAAGGGCAGUGGAGGAGGAAGAUCAUAUAUUUGCUGAAGGCCAGGAAAACAAAAGAAGGCGCCAUGACAGCAGUGGGAGCGGCCAUUCAGCCUUCGAGCCCCUGGUGGCCAAUGGAGUCCCUGCCGCAUUCGUGCCUAAGCCUGGGUCUCUGAAGAGAGGCCUCACCUCCCAGACCUCCGAGGACCACCUACAUAAGCGUUCCCGCACAUCAUCCCUGAGCUCCAUGACAAGCACGUGCACGGGCGGCAUCCCCAGCUCCAGCCGCAACGCCAUUAGCAGUUCCUACAGCUCCAGCCGGGGCUGCGCUCAGCUAUGGAAGAGGAGUGGGCCCAGCUCUUCACCUUUCUCCAGUCCGGCCUCAUCCCGCUCCCAGACUCCGGAGAGGCCAGCCAAAAAGAUGAGAGAAGAGGAACUUGCUCAGCCAUCUAGUUCUUCAACUCCACUUGUCACAGACAAGGAGUCCCAAGGGGAAAAACUUACAGAUCCCGCCUCAGCCAAGAAUCCAAGCUCCUUCAGCUCCCCAACGGCUCCUGUUGGCUCUGGGCAGCGGAAGCGGAAGAUCCAGCUGCUGCCAUCCCGGCGAGGGGACCAGCUGGCCCUGCCUCCACCACCACAGCUUGGCUACACUGUCACUGCUGAGGACUUGGACUUGGAGAAGAAAGCCUCACUGCAGUGGUUCAACAAGGUCUUGGAGGAGCAACCAGAUCCUGCCUCGGGCCCUGCAUCUGAAAACACGCCCGCCCCACAAACUGAUUUUACCCUGACCAUGCCUCCUGCUGAGACAGUAGCCCCUGUGACUGCACUGCCCACGCCCAGUGCCUCCCCGAACCCAUUGCUGGAGAGCCUGAAGAAGAUGCAGAGCUCCCCAGAGCCCCCCACCUCCUCAGGGACUACUUCAGUGGCCACCUCCGAGGCCCCCGAGGCCCCGAAGACCCCCAGCCUCCUGUCCCCACUAGCUACCACUCAGCCAGCACCCCUCCCAGUCACCUCUGAAGAUUCCAAGCCCUCGGUCACUUUCUUGGGGCUCACCUCAGCUUCAUCCACCAUCCCCGUCACCGAGCCUCCCAAGUCCCCGCUGACCACUGCAGCUGAACCGGCUGCUCCAGCGGCCCCCAAACAGAGCCUGCUCUUAGGAAUGCUGAGUACCCCCACUUCUAACCCUUCCACUUCCAUGGCUCCCGGGAUGUCGUCCACAUCUCUUACGUUCAAGCCCAUUUUUGAGACCCCGCCAAAAAGUGAAGCAGAAGACCCCUCACCCGCAUGCCCCUCCAAAGCAGCUACGGUCACCCCUGCUUCAUCCAACUCCGUCGCUCCCACGACCACCAGUAUCUCAUCCCCCACAUUCAAGCCCAUCUUUGACGGCCUGGGGCAGCCUGCAUCUGUACCCCUGAUAACCCCCUUCUCCUUUGUCCCAACUCCUUCAACUACCACCACCACCACCACCACCACUACCACUAGCACCCCCCUCUUCGUUGCCCAGACCAGUGCUACCGUCUCGGCACCUGCGGCCACAGCCAGCACGGCGCCAGCCUCAGCCACAAAGGCAGCAUUUGCCUUCACUAUGAGCAGCUCUGUGAGCACCAGCAGUUCCACUGCCGCUGCUUCCUCCCAGCCUUUCCUCUUUGGGACUUCCCAAGCCUCUGGUGCCAGCUUCACCCCUUCCCUGGGCUCUGUAUUCCAGUUUGGCAAACCCCCAGCUGUGCCCACCACCACCACCACCACCACUGGCCAGCCCCUGCCCAGUGCCCCCCCGGCCAGCAGCAGCAGCAGCUUCAGCGGUUUCGGCAGCACUCUGACCACGUCCACACCUGCUGCCACCAGCCAGGCCACGCUUACCUUCAGCACCACCACUCCCGCCUUCAACAUUCCCUUCAGUUCGGCCACCAAGGCCCCGCUGCCCUCAUACCCAGGGGCCACGCCCCAGCUCACUUUCGGAGCCACUGAUGGCCAGUCGCAGGGGACAGCCAAACCAGUGCUGGCCCCGAGCUUUGGCACCUCUUUCACUUUUGGGAACCCCACGGCCCCCACCCCAGCCCAGCCCACCUUUGACAGCACCACCCAGUACUCUUUUGGGGCCCUCAAACCUGCAGCCUCUGCCUUCGGUGCCCCUGCUACCACCCAGCCGGCCUUCGGCAACACCACCUCAGUUUUCUCCUUCGGUGCUGUCACCACCUCUGGUUUCGGCACCACCACCCAGACACCCAGCAGUGGGGCUGGCAGCUCCUUGUUCGGCAGUACUGCCCCAGCCCCUUUCACAUUUGGGAGCUCUGCGGCCCCGGCAGCCAGUGGGGGCUUCGGGAUCAAUGUGGCUAAUCCGGGUGCCAGCUCCACCGCCGGGGCUUUCAACUUCGGGACAGGACAGAGUGGGACCACCACUACCGGUGCAGCCCCCUUUGGGGGGGGCUUGAGCCAGAACCCCUUGGCCGCAUCCAGCCAGAGCACACCCUUUGCCUUCAAUGUGGGGAGCACGUCCGAGAGCAAACCUAUGUUUGGAGGCACCUCCACGCCCACCUUUGGGCAGAACAACCCCACUCCAGGGGUGGGCACAUCGGGCAGCAGCCUCUCCUUUGGGGCAUCCUCAACAUCCACCCAAGGCUUCGUUGGAGUUGGACCAUUUGGAUCAGCUGCCCCUUCUUUCUCCAUUGGUGCGGGAUCCAAGACUACAGGGGCUCGGCAACGGCUGCAGGCCCGAAGGCAACAUACCCGCAAAAAAUAGGCCCAACCUGGGCUUGGCACCUGUGAGGGCCUCCAGCACGCUGGUCCCCGGAGGCCUCAGCCCAGGGUAGUGGUCACAGUCCUGAGCCUUCCCUGCAGGGGGCAGGAACCGGGUCAGGGGGGCCUGCCAGAAGCCCAGCCCCCCGGUAACCAUCCCUCAGGAGGCUGUACAUAGUGCCCGCCUGUCCCCAACUCGAUUAGUGUCUGAGCUUCCCUGGGGCUCACUUGCGCCUUCACCCCAGAGCUGGCGCAGCCCUCAUCCCAGGCUUCUCCCGCGCCUUCAACGGGGCCAGACCAGCCCUAAAGCUUUACCUGGCUCGGCCAUUAAAAGCGGCUCUCGGGCCUGUGUCCUGCUGCUUGGUCCCUCACUGCUUUCCUGGGAAAUGCCCUGGGGUCCAGCUUUGCCUCAGAGACCCCAGUGGGUGCUGUUCCUGCAUCCCCUCCCCUGCCUCCCUGCUUGGUGGCUCAGGACUGUUGGCUUGGCAGUUCCUGGGGUGACCCCUGGCUCCAGGAGAGGUGAGGCUGCACCCCUGAGGCCCUUGGUCUCACAAGCCCCCCCCCCCCUCCUCACCCCUGCCCACCCCCAGGAUUGUCUGUAAAGCCUUGUUUGUGUUGCUGUCUGAUGCUCAUGUCUAGUGCUCUUUGAAUCGAGUUUGGAGGAAGAAUUGAAUUGUAUGAGUGGCGGCAUGUUGCUAGUGCCGGACUUACUGUUUCCAGCAAGGAGCACCCGCUUCCGGCCAGCGGGGCUCCCAGAUUUGCAAAUGGUGUUUGGAUUUCAGGGCCGGCAGCCCGGGAGGAUGGGGCCAAGGGGGGAGAGAUCUCUCUCCUGUUCAUUCAUGUGACCUCAUUGGAGGCCAGUCGCACCCCGCAGGGUUACAUGACACUGACCCACACUGUAAAAUACUGAGUUACAUCCCCCUGCAGGCCUCCAACCCCCUUUUUUCUUUGCUCUCACACCUUGUGCCCCAGGCCCAAGAGCCUUGCUGCCGAGCUCAUCCUCUUUGGGAGAAGUAUGAAUGCGUGUGUCUAAAUUAAAAGAAAAAAUAUUUAAACAUUUUUUAACAAAAUAAAAAAUUUAUUUUUGUAUUUAAGCUAAAUUGCCUUUUAAAUUCCUUCAAGCUUGGUUCAUGGAGGCGGUUCAGUGUAGAUGCUCUGACUAGAAGUAGAUGUAGUUAAGUUAUGCCUGUGAGGAGAGCCGGGCCACCCUCCCGGACACGGUCUAAGAAACGUGUAAUUCUUAUUUUAGAAAUGUGACGUAGAUGUUACUAGUCCCUCUCCCCCUUGGUGACCGAGGUUGAAUGUUUUCAUGGCAGGGGACUAUUGAGCCCCAACUGUGUGGAGCUGAGGAAGGCCAACAUGGCACGUAGCUGGCAGCAGAGAAUGGGCGGAGGUGAGGGCAUGGGCUGGGCACCUCAGCUCCACAGGCAGGCGGGACCAUGCCUGACAGCCUCAAGGGAGGCCUGGCCAAGCACUGGCAGGGACGGGAGGAGGCUGGGACUUCCACGCAAAUAAAGACUUGAUUCUUGUUGAGUCCGGAUGGAA